GCGUUGGUCUGCGGUGUCCCGCGUUGGUCCCCGCUGAACGUCCCGAAAAUGACAGCGUCUUGCGCGCCUCGCCAGGCACCUCCCACUCGCCCCGAGAGUCCCCUCUUCCCUUGGUGCUGCGUUGGGAUGCUUUUGGCGGCCCUAGUGCUCCCGUUACCCAUAUUCUCCGUACGCUGCAUUGAUCCACCAGUAUUGGACAGUAUGAAGCUUAAGGGUGUCAUUAAACGCCAUUAUUACCCCGGGGACAGAAUAGACUAUGAGUGUUACCGAGGAUACUUUUACGUGUGGCCUUAUCUCCUCUCAGCUACUUGUGAGCCUAAUGGCUCAUGGAGCCGUAUUGAAGAAGCAUGUUUAAGAAAAUCAUGUCCAGAUCCAAAAGUAAAACAUGGUAAAGUAGUUGCCCCAAAUGAAACAUUUGAGUGGGAAUCAGAAGCUCACAUUUCUUGUGAUGAGGGUUAUUUCUUAAGAGGAAAACCUAUUAUAGUUUGUAACCUUAUUGGAGAGAAUGUGUCUUGGAGUGAUACAAUUCCACACUGUGAAAAGAUUUAUUGUGGACAACCUCCAAAAAUAAAACAUGGAAAACACACCAAUAGCUACAGAAAUAUAUUUGAAUAUAAUGAAUUGAUAACUUAUAGUUGUGAUCUUUCAAAUGGACCAGAUGAAUAUUCACUUGUUGGACAGAGCAAGCUUGUUUGUAUUGAACCUAACAAAUGGAGUAGUGACCCUCCUCUGUGUAAAGUUGUCAAAUGUGAACGACCAUUUCUCGAACAUGGAAUAAUGGUGUCAGGAAGUAGAGAAAAAUUUUCCUACCAAUCAGUGGUGGUGUUUGAAUGCCUCCAGGGUUUUUACCUUAAUGGCAGCAGUCUAGUGUUCUGUGGUGGUAAUGACACUUGGGAACCUGAGAUGCCAACAUGUAUUAAAGGUUACAGGCCGACUCAUCCAACAAAGACUCCACUUUCACAAUAUCCAGGAUAUCCCAAUCCCAUUGAAGAAAUACCAUCACUUGAAGACUUUGAGGAUUUAGAUGCAGGAAUCAUUGCUCUUGCUAUUCUUACUGCAAUUGUUGCUGUUAUAGUAGUUUGUACAUGCCUGUACAGAUGUCUUUUCAGUGGGAAGAAGGAAGAGGAGGGUAUGAAAGAGAAGGUGAAGGAAAUAAAAGAGAAAGAAGAGAGGGAAAUGAGAGAGAAGGAGGAGAGGGAGAAGGAGAGGAAGGAGAAGAAGAGGAAGGAGAAGGAAGAGAAGGAGAAGGAGGAGAAGAAAGAGAAGGAGAGGAAGGAGAAGGAGGAGAAGGAGAAGGAGGAGAAGAAAGAGAAGGAGAGGAAGGAG